AUGCAGGCGGCGCCCCCCGGCGGCGGGGAGGCGGACGAUCGCGGCGGCAUGGGCGGCGGCCCGCCGCCGGCCUACCCGCAGUACCCCCCCGGCGCGGAGUUCGGGCCCCUGGCGAUGCUGGCGCUGGCCCGCUUCGGUAUGCUGGCGCAGGGCGGCGGGGGUCUGGCGCCGUGGGCCGCCCAGGCGCCAUUCCCGGGCGAGCGCUCCAACAGCAGCGCACGGGCCAACAACGCCGAGGCGGACAACGGGUCUAUCGGGCGGGCCGGCAUGGGCGGGCAGCCCGAAGGCGGGUCGGACGGAACUGAGGGCCUGGGGCCGGGGAGCCAGCGGGCUGAUGCGGAAAAGUCGAUCAUGCCCACCUUGGGGGUGGGCGCGGAGCGGUGGGAGAGUGUGGGAAGGCUGGGCGCCGAGCGAUCGGGUUUGAUGAAGCCGGCAUGCGAGGAGGGGGAGAAGGGGGUGGUUGCCGGAGGGCAGGCGGACGGGCCACAGAAGGCGUUUCAGGAGGGCGGGUUGUGGAAGGUGCUGCAGCAGCAGGGGGGGGCGCAGCGGGCGCAGAGUGGGGUUCCCGGGGCGGAGGGCGGGUCGUUCUGCGAGCUCAAGUCCGGUGGGUUCGCCGCCUGGGAUCGGGGCGGGGGGGACAAGGACCUGGAGCGCAGAGGGAGCGCGGCGCGGAGCGACUGGACGGGCGCCGGGCAGUCCGAGGCCACGGAGGCGUCGCUGAGGCAUCGACAGGCAGUGGCGCAGGCCGGCGAUCCGGCAGGAGGUGCCGGGGGCGGAGUGGUGAUGUCACAGCAGGCCGCACGGGCCGCGAUGGGCCAGGAGGGCUGGCAGCGCGUCCGGUCGGUGAUGCUGAAGCAGCAGGAGCAGUUCACGAACCAGCUGUGGGAGCUGCACCGCCUGCACUGGCGGCAGGGCUUCCUGGAGGCGGCGCAGAGGCUGGGCGUGCAGGCGGGCUGCGACGCCCAGCGGGGGGCCGAGCGCCCGGCGGCCGCCCAGCCGCCCGCCCUCCAGCAGCCGCAGGCUCAGUACUCACAGAACCUUACCCAGUUCCUGCACCAGGUCCUUGGGGAGAGCUCCAGGUGGGGCCAGGCAAAGGCUGACGCGGGCAUCCCCGGUCAGGGCCAGGCAUGGCUAGGCCGGCCCUGCCCCCCGCCCCUCCCCUUCGCCCAGCAGUCCGGCAGGCCGCCGUUCGUGCUGCCGGGCUACGGAGCUUCCUUGGGGGGUGGGCCAGUCGCAGGACCUUCCGCAGGACCCUCAGGCGUGCCCGAGAAUUCGGUGCCCGUGAUGCCCCCGCCCGUGAACGACCCCCACGCGCUGUGGUACGCAAAGCACUACGGAGCAUCGGCCAAGGGCGGGCCCUGGCCGCAGCAGUCGUCUGGUGGGGAUGAGCAAGCAGAGGGCGCCCCCUCGGCGGGCCCCAGCGGCUUGGAUGCGGCCUCGGCACUGGCCCCAGCCCCUCUGGGCCCCAUGACUGGGGCGGCGGUGGCGGCAGCUGUGAAGGCGGUCACAGAGGCCAACCCGCCCAGGUGGUGGCAGGACGCGGCCAGGGUGUUUGGGGAUGUGCUGAUGACCUCGCAGCAGGUCCCGGGUCCAAGCUGCAAGCCCAAGCCGCAGGGGCACCGCCGGGAGGGGCAGAUGGCCUCUUUGUUGAAGAAGGGAUGGCGGCACAGCAAACGGGCGCCAAAGAGGGAAAGGACACCUAUUGCCAAAGAGAAGGAAUGUAGCAAUGGGGCUAUGGUAGAAGUCAGUGCUGAAAAUUCGACUGGGAGCAGUCGUCAGGCGCCGUUGGUGCAGGAGGAACCUCUUGGCACAAAGAAGUGUGGAGUUGCUUGUGUGAAGAAGGUCUCGAAGAGGAAGAGCGGAAAAAGAGCGAGCCAUUCGUCCCGGUUGAUCAAGAAGUCCCGCCGAUCCCGACCAAGCCAGGCGGAGUCCAUAGGGUCUGAUCUGUCUGGCACCCACAACGAUGUUGAGGACGAUGACGCCGUCCACGCAGCUGGCGGUGAGACUGGCGGCCAGGCGCACAACGAUUCGUCCUUACCUCGCUCAAUGGCCAACAUUUUGCUAUCGCUGUCUAAUGCGCCUGUGCAGUAA